AUGUCACGUUCAUAUUCUCCCAAGUUAGACAGGCCAAUGCCCAUUUCUGUGGAAAGUAUCAGUUAUACUGAUGUUGCCCAUUUCAAAGAACUUGGAAAAAUGUUUCAUGGCUUAAGAGAAAAUGAUGAGCUAUGUGAUAUAACACUUCUUGUGAAUGACAAAACCAUCAAAGCUCAUAAAAUAAUACUCUCAGCUGCAAGUCCCUAUUUUAAAGCCAUGUUUACAGGUGGACUAUCGGAAUGCGACAAAAAUUGCAUUACUAUGCAUCAGAUAGAUGGCAAUAGUCUCGUGCAAAUAAUUCAGUUCUUUUAUACAUCUGAAAUGAAAAUCAACAAAGAAAAUGUACAGAAUCUUUUGUCUGCUGCAAGCUUGCUUCAAGUCUCCAGUGUGCUUGAUGGCUGUUGUGAAUUCUUUAAGCGAAAUUUAAGUGAUGACAAUUGCUUGGAACAUCAAGGUUAG